AUAUUUUGACAGCGAGACUGUGUCGCUCGUUGUGUUGUGUUGGUGAACAAAAUUUAAUACUAUUGCUUUUAUGUCAUCGUUUGCACACAUGUGUUUGCAUUUCGUUUUUGUGCACAUUUGUUCUGUGAAUUGUGUGGUGUAGUAUUUGAACGAUUUGUAAACAAUAACAGUAUAACACAAUUUUUUUGGUGAUACUAAUCUAUUACAAUCAUAUUGAACGUCGAAAAGAAACACACACAAUCGUUUCAAGUGUUUACAUUGAUUUUGGUUGCGUAAUCGACAAAACAUGUGAUAAAAUAGUAAUUUAAAGUUCAUAGAAAGAACAUACUUCCGCAUUAGAUAUUAAAUCAAUUAUACUUGAGAAUAAUGAAUGCUUUCGUCAGAUAUGACGAAUGACUUUUGUACGUCUAUAUAUGUAUAUAGAAUGUUGUUUUUUCUACCAGUUCAAUCUUGCGCGAACGACAGUAAAACGCUGAAAGAAUAGUAUCGUGUUCAGUGGAAAAAUGUUCACAACAAAAUAUGAUGAGAAAAAUAAAGUGUGGAGUGGUUUGGAUAUUCCACCAACCUACAAUUCGAAAAUAUCCGUGGCACAAGUAAUGCUUAAUGCAUUGAAGACGUAUGGAUCGAAAAUUGCACAGAUAAGUGAUAAUGAUGGAAUUGAAUUGAGUUUUAAUGAAAUUCGCCAAAAGACUAUUCGAGCGGCAGAAAAUCUUUUGGAUCGAGGCUAUAAACCAAAGCAAGUGUUCGGAUUGAUGGCCAAGAAUUCGCAUCAUGUAGCUCCAAUUGUAUUCGGAUCGAUUAGUAUCGGCUGCCCAGUGAAUACACUCGAUCCGUCUUUCAAAAAAGCUGAACUCAUCCAUAUGCUGAUUACCAUUAAACCGGUUCUAAUGUUCUGCGACGUUGGUGUUUAUGAUUUAGUUUCGGAAUGCCUAGCAGAACUAAAAAAUGACGCAAAAAUAUUUACGUUCGGUGGCAGCAAAGGUAAAGCCGAACCAGUGGAGAAAUUGCUUUUGGAAACGCACAACGAAGACUAUUUUGUUCCGAUGGAAGUUGAUGGAGAAAAGGAAACCGCUUUGAUUAUUUGUUCAUCGGGUACGACAGGGUUUUCAAAAGGAGUGUGUUUGUCACAUGCCGCACUACUUGAUGAAAUGGCACAUCUCAGUUUCACCUAUUCCAGUGACGUAAUGCUCUGUUUUAGUACAUUAUAUUGGAUAACAGGUGUGAUAACCUUAUUCAAAGGUACAAUGUGCGGUGCAACUCGUAUCAUCACCACUGAAUCCUAUUCGCCGGAACUACAGCUUCAUUUAUUUGAACAGUACAAAGUGACAUGGGCAUUGAAUGCAUCGCAUCAUUUACUUUUAAUGAUGAAAAACAAAAACUUCACCACCACUGACUUAUCGAGCAUAAGAUGUCAAUUUGUUACCGGUAGCAAAGUGCCGCUUCAUGUACAAAGUGAGAUGAGUUCACACUUGCCAAACGGAAAUGUCAGUGUGGUUUACGGUUUGAGUGAAACUUGUGGCCCAGUGUCAGGCGACUAUCCUCAACCAAGUGGUAGAGAUUGCGUUGGCCGUUUGCUUAGUGGCGUAAAAAUCAAAGUGAUCGAUGAUCAAGGCAAUCGAUGCGGUCCGAAUGUUGAUGGAGAGGUUUGCAUCAAAGUAAAUUACAGAUUUCUUGGAUAUUAUGGAAAUCAAGACGCAACAGAUGAGCUAUUUGACGACGAGGGUUGCCUAAUGACAGGGGAUAUUGGUCAUUUCGAUUCGAUGGGAUACUUGUACAUUGUCGAUCGAAAAAAGGAUCUUCUGAAAUAUUAUGGUAAUUCGAUUUCACCCUCUGAAAUUGAUGCUUUUCUAAUUCAAUCGCCGAAAAUAAAAUCGGCAUGCAUUGUUGGCAUACCGGAUGAAGUGGCUUCCGACCUACCGGCUGCGGUUAUUGUAUGCGCUGACGGAGCACACAUUUCCGAACAGGAGAUUUUCGAUAUGGUCGCAGACAAUUUUUCGGAUCAUUGCAAACUUCGAGGCGGUGUCUAUUUCGUCGACUCAUUACCAUCAACGGUUUCUGGAAAAGUGCUGAGAAGAAAAGUGAAGGAAAUUGCAAUUCAAUUAUUUGAAAAUGGCAAUACCGAACUUUGUCGUAGCUAAAUUCUGUUGUUCCAUUCAUUUUUGAGAUUUCACUGCGCGUAUAUUAUGUCAUAGGCAUAAGAAUGUUUUUUGGUUUGUUUACUUUGUGCGAAGCACUAUUGUUAGAGAGUAUUUAUGAUAUUUUUGAUGUUGAAAUAAAGCUAAGGAAAAGAAAA